AUGUCUUUGCGCCGCUUCUUCAAGAAGGCACGGCAGCGUGCCAGCUUCGAGCCCGAGUCGCAGCCUCAAGAGACGACAACAGUCACCACUGAGGGACCUACUGGUAGUUCAGUCCCAGUGCUGCCACCUCCCGCCGAGAGUGGUCAACAUGCUCCACCUCCCGUAAGCCCUCGACGCAUAAGAUAUCUUAAUAUCAUUCGACAAUACUUCCCAUUGCCCCGGCGCAGAAAUUCAGAACUCGCCGGUCGCCACGUUGGCCUCGAGUUCGGACCGCAGAUGCGUGAAUUGGACAGUUGUCAAUCCAGCCUUGAUGCUGUCAUGCCGUAUUUUGAACUGGCCGGUCGCCAUGGUGGCCUUGGGUUCAGACCGCAGAUGCGUGAAUAUAUCGGUGGUCUACUUGAGAGAUACCUUCAACAUCGGACGAACAGAGAGAGAUACCUUCAACAUCGGGCGAACAGACAACUCAACAAUGAGAUUGCCAGUCGCCAGGACAGGAACAACCGAGCAGAUAUUGAACAGCAUGUUUCUCAACACGAACAUGGAUCGACCAUAUCCCAAGCUUGCCCGUCACAGAAUGACGAUAUCGAAGGCAGACAGCUUCACCACGAGUUUCUCACACGAAUUGACACUAUGCUCGCCGAUCGCGCGGCUAGGCGCAGCCAAGCAGAUGUCGAACAUGACAAUACUCAGUAUUCAUAUGAACCUGCCAUACCCAUGGAUUUUCCGUUGCAGAAUACCGAAGCCCAACGAGCACAGCUUGACCUUGCCGUGAUGAGGGAAUUUAAUGUUGUGUUCGCCCGUCACGAGGCUAGUAACAGCCAAGCAAAUGUCGAUAAUCAUGAUCCUCAGAAUGCACAUGGAUACACCAUGUUCCAAACAUUCCCGUCACAGAAUGACGAGAUCGAAGGCCACGGCCUUCUGCUCCCAACCCCACGAAUGCAAAUCCGUGCAGUCAGCCCCGUUCCCUCACGCAGUAGUAACAUCCCAUACUACAGCAUCACAGAUGACUACAACAAUAAACUUCAAGGCACCGAGAAUUCGGAUGAUGGCCCAUCGAGCGAACAUGGCUCUCAAGUACGACGCGGAAGAUCUCUUCGACGAUCUGGAAGCCCUUUCAGUGAUGCAUUUCCUGUGCUUCAGGGUAGCAACCACCCAUCGAGGGACCAUUCUCAAGUACAUCGUGGCAGAACACUUCUCCGAGCUUCAAGUCUUGUCAACGAUCCGUGGGUUGCCCUUUGGGGUCCCAUCGGCCAACCAAACGCCCAGAUUUCUCAGGAACCACGCGGUCGAACCCUUCGACGAUGUUCGAGCCUUGUCGGCGACCGAGUGAGCGACUCGGCUUCUCAGGAACCACGCGGUCGAACCCUUCGGCGAGCCUCGAGCCUUGUCAGCGGCUCAGCGAGCGACUUGGUUUCUCAGGAACCGCACGUGACACCAGAGAGAGGUGGAGACGCUGGCCGUCGUGCCGGCCGCUAUGGCGACUUCGACGGUGUGAAUGACGAGCAGGAUGGUGGCGCCGGGGGUGCGCCAGAGACUGGAGCGGUUGCUGGCGGGUCUGCAAGCGGCCCCGGUAAACUUCCCGGGCGUGGCGACUCUUCGGAGUCCAGCAACCCCCAGGCCGGGGGGCAUGGAGGGAAGAGGAUGAAGAUGAUUCGUCAUCUUCUGAUGAGAAUGCGGGCGGCGAUGAUGGUACAGAGUGGAGGUGUUACCCGGGGUUGGCGGGGUGGGCAAUGA